GGGGGCAGGGGCGGACUGACCAUUUGGAAACUCGGGCACUGCCCGAGGGCCCGGGGUCAGUAGGGGGCCCCAUGAGAUGCCCCUGGUACCUUUUUCAUAGGCUUUUUUGAGCUUGGGCAAGGACACAGGGGCCCCAUGAUCCCCUAUUGUCCGGGGGCCCAUGAGUUGUCAUUCCGCCCUUGGCUGGGGUCCGCCCCUGGUAUCGUCCCAAGUUCCGUGCUCUAGAGGACCUAGGCAUUUUUCAGCCAGUAGGGAACUUUCUGUCAGACCUAUGAUGCCCCUGGUACCUUUCAUAGGCUUUUUUGGUUUGAGCAAGGACACAGGGGCCCCAUGAUCCCCUAUUGCCUGGGGGCCAGAU